AGAGAGAGAGAGAGAGAGAGAGAGAAAGAAAGGAGAGAGAGAGAGAGAGAGAGAGAGAGAGAGAGAGAAAAGCAGAUUUAUCACCAUGAUGAAGUCGUGGCGUCGACUCUGCUUCCUCGUUUUAGCAAUUUCUUCACUAUCCAGAGGAGAAAAUGGAACCACAGGUCCUCCAGACCCUAAUCCACCCACGGGUCGCCAUCGGAGGAAACUCUAAAUGAGACAGCUCGCACCACGCUGCCCACAGCUUCUCCCCAGAGUAACACGUCAGCGAAUGCACCAGAUCUGCCUUCAACAGCGUUCACGGCAACAGCUGCAGCCGACAUGACACAGACCCAGAAGAGUUCAGACGACGUGAACGGAACGAGAAAGGAAGAAGAGAGCAGCACGGAGGAACAGACCACCCCCCCGGCCAGCGAGACCGAGGCCGUGACGGGGGGUGUCGGUGUUGAAGGGACAACGGUUUCCACAGCGACGGACGGGACCUCGCUUAAACCAGAGACACCUGGACACUCGGGUACCGUAGGUUACGUGUUCCUCUUCUUCAUCCUCCUGGUGAUCAUUGUUCUGUGUGUCAUCCUCUACUUUCUCAGGAGAGCCUCCAGGUCGUACUCGUUUGACCUCCAUCGUCCGGUUCCCGCCAACCAUCACAACGAACCCAUUGGCAACUUUGAACCAGUCUACCUGGACGACCUGGAUCGACCAGCCCCUAAAGAUGAAGCAACCACCAACGCCCCUUCACCUCCUCCAGUAUCCAACGGCACAACUCUACAGUCGGAGGAAGCAAUCUCAAAUGGAGAGAGUGGUACAGAAAAAGCUCCGCAGAACCAGCCGGAUGCAAACGGCCUGGAGACUUCGCCCCCCACUGGUGACACCAGUCCCUCACUGGGCCACGUCGCAGCUGACGACACGUCCAGCCCGUUCAGCAGCACCAACCUGCUCUUCGAUGCUAUCGGGGAGGAGCAGCAGAACGAAAAUAACAACAACAACCCAUCGGUUUCUUCCAGUGAGCCGUUUGUUGAGAUAAACCUCGACGAGCCGGCGUGGUGCGAUGAGCUCCUCACCUCCUCGGAAGCUCCUUCUUCUGUCCUCCCCUUCUCUCCUUUCUCCUUGUCCUCCAUUUCUUCUUCUUAGCACCUUCACUGAUGACCAACAUGGAAAGAAAAACAACAUAAAUCUAUGAGUACUUGUCUGUUAUUUCCAGCCUGUUAAAAACUAUCUGG